AUGGCCCCUCGGAUUGCCAUCAUCUAUUACACUACAUAUGGGCACAUUGCCAGACUGGCCGAGGCCGAGAAGAAAGGCAUCGAAGAAGCCGGCGGCAAGGUAGAUGUCUAUCAAGUCCGAGAGACACUUUCGAACGAUGUCUUGAGUAAGAUGUAUGCUCCAGGCCCCGACAAAAACGUCCCUGUGGCCACCCCGGACACGCUGAAGGCUUACGAUGCCUUCUUGUUCGGUAUACCCACCCGCUACGGUAGUUAUCCUGCCCAGUGGAAGACGUUCAUCGACGAACUCGGUCAGUUAUGGAUGAGUGGCGCGCUGCACGGCAAGUAUUUUGGUCUGUUCGUCAGCUCGGCCACGGCUGGCGGUGGGCAGGAAGCGACCGCAAUCAAUGCCUUGUCCUCCUGGAUCCACCAGGGCAUGAUCUACGUCCCUUUGGGGUAUGCGGGAGCUUUUGAUAUCCUAGGGGACCUGACUGAGGUGCGCGGCGGCACCCCUUGGGGGGCGGGAACGUUCGCAGCCGGCGAUGGCAGCAGGCAGCCAACCACACAGGAAUUGAAGCUUGCUCAAGCCCAGGGCAAGUCGUUCUACCAGAUCGUCAACAAGGUCGCCUUUGCGUGA